AUGGUAGGUUCGAAGAAGGGCGGAAAAGCACUUCGAGAUGCAUUCCACGAGGAAUGGGCCCAGCAACUAACUAAGCUGGGUUUUGCCGAGCGUACUGCGAGCCAAGUUGCUGAGAAACUCAAGAAGAGCAUCAUUGUUACGAGAAAGUAUAUAAAUAGCAAUGGUGAAAACCCUCAGACUGGACGAAGGGAAGAGUUGCCACGACAUCUCAAACUUUUAGAACAGAAAUUACGUGAAGAGUACAACAAACUCCACGGCAUAGAUUUGGGAUUCGACAUAGUCCCCGGUAAAACGGGUGAAAACCCUCAGACUGGGCGAAGGGAAGAGUUGCCACGACAUCUCAAACUUUUAGAACAGAAAUUACGUGAAGAGUAUAACAAACUCCACGGCAUAGAUUUGGGAUUCGACAUAGUCCCCGAAGAAGACUCUGUGAGACUUUUUGAUCUCAUAAGGGAAGUCAAAGAAGAAUCUGUGAGCUCUUUUGGUGGCAAUGCUGAAGGAGAAUCUGAGUGUAUAGAGGGGGACCUUGAUCUUGAACCCAACAAUAGCAACAAGUUUGAGGACCCAAUCGAUGAGACGAUAGCCAUGGUUGCUUCAACACCACAUAUUGUGGAACCUCCACUGGUGGCGCCAGUACUGCCAUUCAAUGCUCACAUCCCUACUCCAGCGGCAAUGAGCCGAUGUAAAAAGUACUUUUUUUCGCAUGCUUUUGCAUUUUCCGCAUCUUUGCGUUGA